CUUACUUUCGAAUCCAGAAUUAUACUUAUGGAUUGAUGAAGGACAAGCUGACAAGUCCUUGGUUUCAUCCACGCUCUUCGCAGCUCUGUGUGAGUCUUCAGUAUUACACCUAUUCUAAAGCAGUGAGAGGAUUCACAGCUGCAAAGCUUUACAUAGAGUCUGCAAGCAAUAACAUACACACGUUUGUGAAAAAUUUGAAACCCAGUAAGGAUACUUGGCACGAGGAACGAAUUAUUCAUAAUCUAACUGAGCCAUGGAACAAUUGGAUGAGGCUCAUUAUUUCUGACAUUCAGAGUGAAGUUUUUGCCAUGGGAAGUGUCCGAGAAUGUAAUCCAUUAGGUGAAUUUCAUGUAUCUACAGUGACAAUUUCCCCUGGAACAGAUUUAUCCUGUCACCCACUGAAGUACCCAAGCUCGGUACUCACUCUUACAGAGCCAGAUCAAUAUUUCACGGGUUGUGGACUUGACUGCACACCAAGCUGUGAUAGGUUGCCAGUUCCUGAACUUGAACCCUGUGGUAGUGGCAUUGUUUUGUGUCAACCAACAAGUCAAGAAACCACCUGCUUCUGUAAUCCUGGAUACAAGGGUCGAAGAUGUGAAACACCUUGUCCAGAUGGUACAUUUGGGGUGAACUGUAAGGAACAAUGUGGAAAUUGUUCAAAAAAUACUUACUGUGACAAAGUUAGAGGUAUAUGUUCAGAUGGCUGUGACAGGAGAUUUAGGCCUCCACUAUGCAAGAUGAAAUAUCCAGUAUUUGAUGAAGCACCACGUUUUAUCUCACACACUCUAACUUCAAUAACUAUCACAUUAGACAACAUCAGUAUUUCUGGAGACAUUAAACCUACUAAGUAUCAUGUACAAUAUGUGAAGGCUGAAAGUGCUAAUCAAGAAGGAAGUUGGAUUACAUUUGGUACAUUUGCAUACAGUGCCAAAGUAAAACAGCAUGAAAUACCUAAAUUAGAAGUUGGAUCAGGCUAUGGAGUAAGAGUUGUUCUGAUUGAUGAGACAGGAACAGGUUAUUAUGGCACUGAUAUACCACAUGCUGUGUACAACACAUCUUGUAUCCAUCCUGAUAAAGCGGAUGUACAACCUCUUAAUUAUGGCUUCCAAAUAAGUUGGCAGAAAUCUACUCAUCACUGUCCUUCAGGUUCAUAUAUUGUAGAUGUCAAAGAAAAAGGAAGUAAGACCUCUGACCCUCAAAAUAUGUCACAGUUUCCUUUUAAGAAGAAGGACCUGAAACCAUUUACAGAUUAUAGUUGGACACUGUGGUAUGGGAAUAUGUUAAUUCUUGCAGGCAACAUAACAACCCUUGAAAGUGCUCCCUCUGAAGUGUCAUCACUUGCUGUAAUGCCACUAAAUUCAACUGCAUUGAAUGUAUCUUGGGGUGCUCCAAGUAAACCUAAUGGAAUCAUCAAACAUUAUCAUGUCAGCUACAGGCAUAACAAAUACAAGUCCUGCAAAGGUGGAUACAAGUCAAACAAUGCAUCAAAGGGACAAGUUAAAACAAAGGAAACGUUUGUUGUAUUAAAUAACUUGUUGGCCUACUCUGAAUACUCUGUUGGGGUUGCAGCAUAUACUGUUGCAUAUGGCAAAAUUGCAAGUAUAACCAAGGAGACACUGGAAUUGGAUAUUCCACAAGUUCGUCCAGAACCUGCCAAACGCUCAGUAGAGUCAAAUAAAGAAUAUGUUAUGUUAUACUGGUCUCCACCAAAAGAUUGUACAGCUAUAAAAGGUUCAAUUGGAGGCUAUAAUGUAACAUUGAUUGGUUUAAGUCCAUGGGCCAGAACAACUCAGAUAAUGUCAGUAGUGCAAGGAACGCUACAAGAACCAUUCGUUAGGUGUGAAAACUUAAUUCCAUACACACAGUACCAUGCCAGUGUGUUUGUUAGGAGUCAAAACAAUUUAAUAAAUCCAGCACUUCCAUACAGUGUUAACUUCACAACAUUACCAGAUGUGCCUGGGCCUGUCAUUUCUCCAGUUGCCUUUUCAUUUGGAAGUAGUUGGAUAUUUUUACGUUGGGAAGCGCCAUUCCCUCCUUGUGGAGAGUUAGAGAAAUAUAAGGUGGAAUACAAGCUUCAGUCUGCUCACAGCCAUGAUUUCAAGGAAGCUGUGCAUAAUAACUUUGAAAAGUGUGAUUACUGGAAAGGAAAGAUUUGCUUCAAACUUAAUUCCAGUGAUGGAAUUAUUGAAAAUAAGGAUUACAGUAUCAAGAUUACAGCUAAAAACAAGGAACCAAAUUUGUUUGGGGAAGCAGUGACUCUUACUGUCAGAACACAGGAAAAAGCUCCAGAACGUCCAGAAAACUUGCGGGUUAUAAAACAAACUCCUCAUGCCAUACAAUUAGCAUGGCAACAUCCCAGCAUUACUAAUGGCCUUCUAAGGAAAUUUUUCAUAAGCGUAAAAUUACUUUCAUCGCAGCUACGAAGACAGAACGGAAGCAGGGAACUUCCUGAAAAGGAGUUUACAGUAAAUCAUCCUAUGAAUUAUUCAUAUGAAGUGAAAGAUCUGCAGCCAUCAUCAGAAUAUGAGGUGUCUGUUCGUGGGAUGACUGUCGAACCUGGUGAACCUGCUGUUAUAAAGUCUGUGAAAACAUCGUUGGUUUUACCUGACAUUGGUUCACAACUUAAACUGGUGGAAGAUUAUACAGCUAAUACCACACUUCAGGUUAUUAUUCCACCUGCUGAUCCGUUUCUUACUAAAGAGAGCUCCUACUUUGUGGUUGUAUCAUCUGAUAAGGAAGAAGUACCUGCUUCUGUAAAAAAGAUAGAAAUGAUGGAAUUAAUUCUGAAGACAGCAAAUGUUAUAAAUGGUGGGCAUUCAUGGAUUGCUGCAGAAAUAAAGCCUGAAGAUGAAGAAAUGAUUUUCAAAGUUGGUGAUAAUACAACAAUAAUAUCUGGCACUUCUGAUAAUGUCUACUGGAACCGACCCCUAGAACCUGGCAUAUUAUAUGAUGUGACUCUGGUGGCACUCAAUUGGCAGGAUGGUGAAUAUGAGUCCAGUUUUGCAAGCCUGAAACUUCCUGUUCAGACUCUGUCUGAAAACGAAGGUGGCAUGGGUGCUGAGUGGGCUGCAUUGCUGCUGUUACUGAUAAUACCAGUAGCUGCAGUAGCUGUGUACUUUGUUAUAAGAAAGCCAAAGCAGACUGAGCCUAUUGAAUUGAUAUAUGAAGAUGCUGUUGCUGAAAGACAAGAACAAGAAGCUGAUAGAAGUCCAAACGUUCGUGGAGCAGAUGACCCAGUAUAUGAAAUAGUGGUAUGAAAAAAAUCAUGAAAUAGAUUGCUAUUUUCAAAAAGAAGGCAUGUGGGUGAAAGGUUCUCAGGUAACUACCAGAAUGAAUCCCCAGUGAAUACCUCUUAGUAAUUUAAUCAUUGAGACAGUCAAACUCCAUUCAUGCAGUGGACGCUGACUUCCAGGAAACUCUACCAUCAGUGACGUUAUUCACAAAUGUCAAAUAUUGGCUGAUGAAACAAACUGCCUACCGUAGCUACUUACACUUCAUGUAAGAGACAAUUCACAAAUUGAAGAUACAGAGGCAAUAACAGAGCAACAAACUGUAAUUUGUAUGCUAUUCAAACAAUUUCUAACUUACUUUUGUUCCCAUAUAUAUUGUAUUAUUUAUUUAUAUUAUUAAAAUACAAAUAGAGAAAUCUGAAUUGUAUUUCUGGGUGGCAUCCUUCAAAAUGGACACAGUAUGGAUCUGUGAAUGUUGCCAGUACAGAGUACUGCUAUGACCACAUUAAAAUAUAACCUUCAAGUUUUAUAACAUAGAAAUAUCACAAAUAGGAAGUAGCAUUCUUGCUAUCGCCACAUAAUUCAGUGUUGUGCAUGAGUUUACUCCAUAGUACAAGAUACGUCUGAUACCACUGUCUUUGGAGAUUGAUAAAUAGUAAUUCUGCCCAUUAAUUUAUAACAUUAUAUAAAAAUGUAUUCAAAGGAAAGUUAUAUACAUUUCCACAUGAAAUGUCACAAGUAGAAGACAAAUUUAAUUCCUUUUAUCUAAACAUCUAGUGACAAAAACUGGUUUUCAUAGCCCAGUAAGUCUUUUAAGAAAUAGCAGUUAUAUCACUAGCUGGCCAAAUGUAGACAUCUGACACAGGAUGCACUGCAUCAUGUAACUUGGCUUUGUGACUGUCAUAUUGGGUUCUAAUCCACUAAAAAUUGUAAGUGUGGUUAAAAAGGUUGACCAUAUUACCUUCAUAAAUUUCCUUGUCAAGGUGA